AUGGUGAUAAACAAGGGCAAUAAGAGUUUAAAGGAGCUCCUAGCUUCCAGGGGCAAGGAGUCAACAUCGAAGGCAGCCUCUAAGUCUCAAGUUCCCUCCAAUCUUCCCCCUCCUUUUCCACAGAUCCCCACCGAUCUCGGCCUAAAGCCUAAUCCUGAUCCUAAGAAGAAAAGGCCACUCAAGACGCUUGAAAAAGGCAGAUUACUCAACAAGUUUUUUGUGGCCGAAAAGUGGUACCGUAACGCUCGUAAACAAGCCGUUGCUGAGGCCCUCACUCGUGCCGAUGUUGAGAAAUCGUUGGGGGCUGCUAGGCAGGAGCAAAUAGAGCUGUCCAAGAAACUCAAAGUGGUGGACCAAAAGGCCAAGGAAGAAGCUCAACUGGCCAGGGAAGCAGCUGAGGCUGAGAAGAAGGCUGCGUAUCAGCUUGGUGUGGAGGAGACACAAGUAAGGCUUGCCGAGGAGCUUUCACAGGUGUGCAGGGAUUAUUGCAACAUGACAUGGGAUAAGGCCUUGACCGUUGCAGGAGUCCCUGCUGACUCUGUUUGGAGGCUGCCCGAAAAUGUCUACUAUCAUCCAGAGAUCCGCGAGGUCCCGAUUGACUCCUCUCCUCCUACCCUUGCCCCAGAAUCUUCCAAGCAGCCAUUGGCCAUCCCAGAUGCCCUCCCUCUUCAUGAAAUUUCAAAGGGAUCCAGCCAGGCUGGUGACCAACGCCAGAGGGUUGAAGGGGAGAAAGGCAAGGGCAAAGACAAAGUGAAAAAGCCCUCUGCCAAGGCCAACAAUGCAGCUAAGGCAAAGGAAGCAGAAGCCGAGACUCAAGAAGCUGACCCCAAGGCCAAGGAUGCUCUUGCUACUCAGCCAAGCCAGAAGAAAGAUCCUCUUGUUAAAGCUUAG